CCACAAUGACAACACAACAGCAAUUGCCUAGAUCGUUUCUUGAUUCUUUGGCCUUGCCAACAAAGACUUCAACUCAUGCUCUCUACAGCGCUCUUCAAAGCAACUAUCGUGAGCAAGGUAGGAUAGGAUAUUUGAGACAACUAAAAAUUGAAAAAUAUCAUUGACUAAAGACUCAUUGUUACCCAAUUUUCAGGCAGAAAUAACCUGAUCCCUCUUCCAGUCCCUCUUGAAGAGUUAGAGAGAUGAGAAAAUACAUGUUCAAGCAGGCUGAAAGAGUUUAACAACUAUUUCAAGAAAUCUUACGCUCAAGUGGCUUAUAAAGUAGAUAUUCAAAAGCAGAACAAAAAGGAGGCUCUAAAGGUAGCAGUUGAGGAUAUAGACAGCUAUGCUAAAGACCUUGUAGAAGAAGAACUUUCUCCAUAA